AUGCUCAUGUUCGACAAGACAUUCUCGACGCAAAAGCAUCAGUUCGCGGAAUGGUCCAACCGCACAGUCGAAUCUCUAUUCAAGCACGCUGACGAAAUCGGCGGAUUCAAACUCUUCUUCUCCUUCGAUCACGCUGCAGGCCACCUCAGCGGAGAUCCCCUCCAGUACGCAGACUACUUCAAGUCAUACAGCAGCAGACCAUCAUACUUCCACUUCAAAGACCCAGCAGCCAGCAUCGGUAAACCACUCCUCUCUACCUUUGGCGGCGAAACAGUCCCCGACAGCCAAUGGGCCUCUUUCAAGCACACAGUCGGCGACGUGCUCCUCGUCCCCGGCUUCCACGAAGCCACCCCAAGCCCUACCUUCUUCUCCAACCGCGCCAGUCUCGACGGCGUCUUCAACUGGAACUCCUGGCCCUUCCCCUCCGCCGGGCGCGCCCCCGUAUCCACCGCCCAAGACACCCUCUUCCACUCCGCCACCCUCCAAACCCGCCGCAUCUUCAUGAUGGGCCUGUCCCCCGUGCAGUUCAAACACCUCUCCGCUAGCCAGAACUGGUACCGCCGCGGCGAAGACAACCUCGAGCACCGCAUUGCCCAGAUCCUCGCACUGCAGCCGGACAUUGUGCAGCUGCAGAGCUGGAACGACGCGGGCGAGGGACACUACAUGGGCAACCUAUGGACGGAAGCGCUGUUUCUGAAGAAAACGCGCGAUCUGACGGACGGGUAUGAUCACAGGGGGUAUUGGGAGGCGCUCACGCCGUUUAUCCGCGCGUGGAAAAGAGGCGAUACGCAGACGGCGGGUAUGGUGCCGCUGGAGGGCAGGCGCGUUCAGGGUGUGUUUUGGCACCAUACGCUCACUGUCGAUGGGACGUGUGAGAGUGACGACGUCCAGACUUCCGAGUCUGUGGUUGCGCUCGCAGAGGACGCCGUGUCGGGCAUUGUGCUUGUUCCACAGGACGUGACGAAUCUCGUUUCGGUUGUUAACGUGGGCGGCAAGGAGCUUGGGAAGACGGCGUUGGUGCCGGGGUUCAACAAGUUCAAGUACACGGGUAUGGGCACGGGGAAGGUGCAGUUGGAGGUUUGGGAGGGGAGUACGAUGGUUGCGGGGGGGUAUGGGGCGAUUGAGGUGGUGAGAAGGGCGGAACUGUGUAAUCAUCAGUUUCAGGUUGUUGGGUUUGCUGGAUGA